AUGAGGAGACAAGCUCACCCGAAGGUCUGCACAGGUUGCUUGACCUGCGAAAAUCGACGUGUUGAGUACGACGAAGCCAAGCCAGCACGCGGGUGGUGUAGUAAAGUUGGUCUUGACUGCGAUGGAUAUGUUGAUCCCUCGCAGAAGAACAAGAAAUUCUACAGAUUGUACCCGAGCUCGCUGCAGUAUCUGUGA